AGAGAAUUUUCCGAGGAUUAGUUAAAAGCGGAUCGUGAACAUGUACGCGGUUCAUGGGUCCCAAUCAUCAUUUGUCACCAAAUUCUUCAGACGUGUGAUGCGUAUUUCAGCGUUACGGCAAUCCGUUUUGAAGCAUGUGCGAUCCUCCCACAGACGUUUAAAAAUAUUAUGAAACCUAUCUGCUAACACGUAUUUACAAAUAGGAUGAAAUACACGUUAAUAAAUUUCAAACGCAGUCCCAUUUAAAUUUGACUAUGAACAUAUGGAUUGUCCGGUAUCAGCCUGAUUCAUACAAGAUUUGUCAUGAGUAGACACGAUUAACGGUUAUUUACAAACCAAAAUUCACUGACACGUACACACAGAUACUCCUACGACUACAUAUACAUCUUCACACAGACAUCGGGAAACGAAAGAAAUUGAGAUUACAAGGUUUUUCUUCAUUACUGAAAAAUACAGUAUAGUACAUUGAAAUACAAGAAUUUAUUCAUUUUCAAGAACGAUUUAUAAAAACGAAUGGCAAAAUGUCAACAAAAAAGAAACCUGGUACUUCAAGCUCCAGAUUGUCGGUUCCGAAGACGGUCUCUUCGGAAAAACGUAAAGAUAGGAUCGGAAGAAACAAGGGGGACCAAGGGUCUCGAAGAGAUUGCGAGAUGGUGACUCUGCCUUAUUAUACAAGCGAAAUGGACGUGAACAAAAUCGGCCCGUCCAUAGCCGUUUGUACAGAACUUCUUGACCAGAUAGGCCACGACGAAAUGUUAAACGUGAUCAAAAAGUACGGGAAGAAUUUCAUAGAAGAAAACAAAUACGCCCACCUACCGAAGAAGAAGAGGAUGAAGUUGGAAAAGGAGAGGGAAAAGAAAUGGGCGACUUGCCCCAAUCGUGUAUCAAUCUGUCCACACGGUGGAUUGAACGUGGGGGGCUGUUGCGCCUGUGGAAUACCACCUUCCUUCUUUAACACUGAAGCACCGAAAGCACAGCCCGAACCGGGAUCGAUCGGAGUCAGUUUAAACCACAUAGCGUUUCACACCAAUGCGCCCAGUGAUCAGAUAUUACCCCCGACGGAUCCUUGCGUGCUAAAACUGGGCAAACUCGGAGAUUCGCAAUGCAUUACACUUCAGUACGAAGCGGAACCCGUCAUUCCGUACGCGGCACCCCCUUUUUACGAAAGACAAGUUCAAGUUGUAGAAAGCGAGCUGGACUCGUUUGCUUGUAAGGACGGAGGAAAGGAAAAAGGGAAAAAAGGUAAAGGAAAAUCGAAGCAAAGCGGAAAGAGCCAAGGUAAAGGAAAAGGCAAAGGAAAAGGAAAAGGAAAAGGUGGGUCUGGCAAGUCUAAAGGAAAGGGCAAGAAAAAGAAAUAAAUAUAAAAUCCAACAUUUACCUCGCCAAUAAGUUCAACACUACGAAUACUUGUUACUCGAUGUUCUUGUACCUCAAAUAAAGAUUCGUUUUCUUUAUAAAGUGUGGACUUUUGUUUUCUGCAUUGUAACAUUCUUAUUCUACACAACAGAAAACGAUGAACUAUCGCAAAAUGCUGAAAGUGUGUAAAAAUUAUUUGACUCAUGUUUGCCAAAUUUGACUCAUUUACAAACUUUGCAAAGUUUUUACAAAAUUCAAGAAUUAUCCACCAGAUGACUAUGUGAUAUUAGACAGUGUUAUUUUUAAGAAUUAAAUAGCUGUACAGUUUCUUAUUUAUAGAUGUAAUUUACCU